AUGCGGAGCUGCAGGAUGCUGCGGGUGGGCAGCGCCCUGGGGCUGCUCAUGCUCAGCCUCGCCCUCCUCAUCCUCUCCCUCCUGAGCUACGCGGCCCUGCGCAAGGACAGCGCCUUCGGGCCCCCCCGGGCCGCCGGGCCCCGCAUGUACAUGUUCCAGGCGGGAUUCAGGUCCCAGUUCGCGCUCAAGUUCCUGGAUCCCUCCUUUGUCCCCAUCACCCAUUCCCUAAGCCAGGAGCUGCAGGAGAAGCCCUCCAAGUGGGUCUUCAACCGCACCGCCUUCGCCCAGCAGAGACAGGAGAUCCUGCAGCACAUGGACGUGGCGCGCAACUUCUCGCUGACCAAGGGCAGCGUGCGCGUGGGGCAGCUCCUGCACUACGACUACUCGAGCCACAAGCACGUGUUCGCCGUGAGCCCCACCUUCCGCUCCCUGCUCCCCGACGCCUCCCCCGUGCAGGGGCAGCGCUUCAACACCUGCGCCGUGGUGGGCAACGGGGGCAUCCUCACCGGCAGCCGCUGCGGGGCCGCCGUGGACGGCGCCGACUUCGUGUUCCGCUGCAACUUCGCCCCCACGGAGCCCUUCCGGGGGGACGUGGGGGGCAAAACCAACCUGACCACCUUCAACCCCAGCAUCCUGGAGAAGGACUACAACAACCUGCUCACCGUGCAGGACCGCAACAACUUCUUCCUGCGCCUGCAGGGCCUCGACGGCGCCAUCCUCUGGAUCCCCGCCUUCUUCUUCCACACCUCGGCCACCGUCACCCGCACCCUCGUCGACUUCUUUGUGGAGCACCGGGCUCGCCUCAAGGUGCAGCUGGCCUGGCCGGGGAACAUCAUGCAGCACGUCAGUAGGUACUGGCGCAGCAAACGCCUCUCCCCCAAGCGCCUGAGCACGGGCAUCCUGGUCUACACCCUGGCCUCGGCCCUCUGCGACCGCGUGCACCUCUACGGCUUCUGGCCCUUCGCCUGGCACCCGCGCAGCCGCCAGGCCCUGCCCUACCACUACUACGACAAGAAGGGCACCAAGUUCACCACCAAGUGGCAGGAAUCCCACCAGCUCCCGGCCGAGUUCCAGCUCCUGGCGCGCCUGCACGCCCAGGGCCUGGCCCACCUCACCCUGGCGCCCUGUGCAUGA